AUGAACAAUUUAGGGAAGAUAGCGAGCGACGACGAUGAGGUGGAGCAGCUGCUGCGAGCAGCGCAGGAUGACGUGCUUCUCAAACUCAGCGUCGAUUCCCACACGGCGCGCGGCUCCGGCGCCGCCGCCAUCGACCCAGAUCUCGACCGCCGUUUCCUGGCCCUAAAGAAACCCCAGAAGCUCUCGAAACACGACGAUUCUGUGAAGAAUCCCCCAAAAGAAGCUCGCAAAGCGGCGGAUGACGACCUGCUCAUCAGAUUCGCAGCCCUCAAGAGUUCACUUCCGUCAAACAGCAGCAAUUUUACCAAGGAAGAAGAGGCAGCGGAGGAGGAUGAGGAAGAUGAAGUUGAGAAGGUGAUCAGGUGGGCAACUGAUGCCGCAAGGCUCGAUCCUUCUCCUCCAUCCGAUGAUGAUGAUGAUGAUGAUGAUGUUGGAGUCAGCAGAGGGAAAAAGAGCAAAAGAAAAUGA